CUUCCCACCAUAAGCUCCAUAUCAGAUAUCAACGAAGCACACACGACAUUGUUCACUCGUCAGGCCCUUAGCAACCAAAACAAUGGAGGUGGAAGUGAAGCUCCGCCUCUCAGACGCCUCCGCACACCAAAAGCUCACCGACCUCCUCUCCCCCUUCCACGUCCAAACCUUAAUCCAAGAAAACAUCUUCUUCGACGGUUCCAGCGCCGAACUCUCCUCCAACCGCGCCAUACUCCGCCUCCGCUUCUACGACGGCGUUUCGCCCUGCGUCCUCUCCCUCAAGGCCAAACCAGUCAUCUCCGACGGCGUCAGCCGGGUCCAAGAGCUCGAAGAGCCUUUUGACCCGGUCCUCGGCCGCGCCUGCGUGGCGGAGCCGUGGCGGCUCUCUGUCGUCGACUCCUCCGCGCUCUUAAAGCGCGUGAGGGAGGAAUACGGGGUCCGAGAGGAAGGGCUAGGGUUUGUGUGCUUGGGUGGGUUUAGGAAUGUGAGGGGUCUGUAUGAGUGGAAGGGGUUGAAGAUAGAGGUGGACGAGAGUAACUAUGAUUUCGGGACGUGUUAUGAGGUGGAGUGUGAGAGCUCGAACCCUGAGAGGGAUAAGAAGAUUUUGGAGAAAUUGUUGGAGGAGAAUGGGAUUAGGUUUCAAUAUUCGGAGGUUUCGAAGUUUGCGAUUUUUCGGUCUGGGAAGUUGCCGGAGUGAGGCUUUGGACGUUUGAUGAUACUUGGAAUGUAAAUUGUGUGAUAAAUGAAAACUGUGUAAUUGAGCUUGAGAUGAAGACAAUUGAGAAGGUAGAUUCUCUGCAUUCUUCUUCAAUGUGUGGUUUAUGCAGAGACUAUUUA